AUGGGUCUUACAUCAUUCUUCCAUGACAGUAAAACACAGGGAGUAGAACGGAUCCCCGAAUCGACUAGGAAUAAAAUAGUCGAAAAUAUCGAGGUGUGUGACGAGGUGUGUGUAGAGUGUCCUGAGAGUCUGGAUGAAGAAGUAUUGAAGGACGAGAAGGUGUUUAGCAAAAUGAAGGUUGACCGUGAAACAACGUUGUUUGAGUCUUCAAAGGUUUCAGGAAUUCAUUUUGUGGUGCCGACAUCUCAAGCGGAUUGGCAGCGCGAUGCAUGUGCUGAGAAACCCGGUUCAAUACAGUAUCUGGUGGAAAAAUGGAUUGGCAGACACAAGGAUGUCGCCUUGGGACCAAAUACUACGUUGCGGUGUAGCGUUUCAUCAUUGCCAAUGGACAUUUUGGAUAUUGCGGUGAUGAAGGGCGAGAAGAACAACAUUUUAGUAUUGCCGCAUUUUAUCAAACUUAUUGGAGUAACAGCAGCUACAGUGGAAGCUAUUCUGGAUGAAAUAUUCCCCUUGUUAUUGAAGUACGAUCUGGAAAGGCUUUUGACCUUUGAAAAUAUCCAGGCAUGUCCUGAAGAUUCCUUCGUAUUCCUGUGCUCUCACACAACAAGAGAUAAACGCUGUGGCCUAACGGCACCUAUAUUACAGAAGCACUUCUUUAUGCACUUACAGGAACAUGGCCUAUACCGAGAUGUCUCGGAUUUCAGACCGAAAGGUUGUAAUGUAGCAUUCAUAAACCAUGUCGGUGGUCAUAAAUUCGCCGCCAAUGUCAUCAUAUAUCUGAAAAACCCGCACACUCUAAUAUGGUUAGGACGUGUGUCACCGUUGCAUGUUGAAUCCAUCGUACGCAACAUACUGCUGCCUGACAUACCUAAACUACCCUUCCCAGAGAACGUCAGAUGUGUGCAAAGAUACGAUUUCUAA